AUUUUUCCUGCUCAAAUGCACAGAAAAUUGUGGCAUGAAUAGGUGAACCAUUAAAUUUUGAUUGGAUGUAAUAAAUCUAUAUUGGAAUAAGGAAAAAAGAAAAUUGUGGCAAAGUUAAAGUAUUGUUUAUAAAUUAUGUCACGAAAUUAGGAAACUCUUAAAAUUAUUUCUUAAAUAAAAUAUUUUAUGAUUUGGAUUAAACAUCGGGUUCAAUAAAUAUUCAAUUAAUUUAAGGUCUUGGAAAUAAUUUCAAUUCAUAUUGCUAUUGAUAUAAAGGUAUCGAAUAAUAAGAAUAUCAAAAUGAAUUUUGACGAUUAUGAAUCCUUACCAACAACAAGUAUUGGUACAAAUAUGACCGCUGGAGCAAUUGCUGGUGUCUUAGAACAUUGCGUAAUGUAUCCAUUAGAUUCAGUGAAGACAAGAAUGCAAAGCUUAUCUCCUCAAACAUCUAGUUACAGUAUUGGAAGAACGUUAUCAAAUAUGAUAAAAAAAGAAGGUAUUCUCAGACCAGUUCGAGGGGUGACAGCUGUUGUUGCUGGCGCAGGACCAGCUCAUGCUUUUUAUUUUGCAACAUAUGAGUUUACGAAAGAAUCAAUGACAAAAUUUACUACAAAUAAUCAUUUUAAUUACAUAUUUUCAGCAGUAACAGCAACUCUCAUACAUGAUGGAAUUUCAAAUCCAACCGAGGUCAUUAAGCAGCGUAUGCAAAUGUAUAACUCCCCUUAUAAAUCUGUUAUUCAAUGUAUGAGAGGUGUAUAUAAGAAUGAAGGUAUAAAAGCUUUUUAUCGAUCUUAUACAACACAAUUGGUCAUGAAUUUACCGCAUCAGUCAAUACACUUUAUGACAUAUGAAUUCUUUCAAAAUAUGUUAAAUCAUGAUAGGAAAUACAAUCCCCCAGUACAUGUGGUAGCAGGUGGAGCAGCUGGAGCGUGUGCAUCUGCGAUUACUACUCCAUUGGAUGUUGUAAAAACGUUACUCAAUACUCAAGAGACUGGGACAAAAGGAAUGUCAGACGCGAUACGUAAAAUUUAUAAUAUGGCAGGCCCACUAGGAUUUUUUAAAGGUUUAGGUGCAAGAGUUUUAUACUCAAUGCCAGCAACAGCAAUUUGUUGGUCAUCAUAUGAAUUCUUUAAAUUUUAUUUAUGGGGUGGAAGUCAUGAAGAUUAUAAAUCCUCUAUAUCUGGUAAAAGCUCAUUACAACCAUCACUUCAGUCAACAAAUGAAACUAUAAUGUCAACAGCGGCUAUCGUUGCUAAAGAGCCAAUACGUUAUGUAAUACCAACAUCAAAUGUUGUUAGCGCAGCAUCAGAUGCUGUUAUAAUUGAGGAUAUAACAAAAUUGCCAUCAGCUUCUUCAACAUCAAUAUCAAAUGCAAUUUCAUCGGUGUCACCAUCAUCAUCAUCAUCAUCGACAACGACGAUACGAGAAAAUUCAACUAAUAAUAGUGGCGGAAAUACCUCCUCUGGGUCAUCUAUUAAAACUGUAUGUGAAUUAUCUAGCGAAAAUAGUAUAUAUCCAACAUUAAAUUUGAAUACCAGGCAUACAGAGGUUAAGCGACCCUAUGAGCGAGGUUUUACUGGUCAAUAAAAUAUAAUGUUUGGUUUAAUGUUUAUUAAAUUUCUUUUUAAUAUUUUAUUAUAUAGUUUUUUAGAUUUAUGAAAAACAAGCAAAAAUCAAAGUAAUCAAUUAAAGUAUAUGAAAUAUACGAAAUUUGCUAAUCUAGAUCUGUAUUAUUUGGUUAAUAGGUUGUGUAUAUAUAUAAAUUGAAAUAUAUACAUAUGCCAAAUCAUAUAUUAUAUUAUUUUAUGUAUAUACUUGCGUACAUAAAUUUUUCUAUGAAAUUCAUAAAUGACUUUUUGCAAAAAAAAAAAAAAAAACAAAAAAUUUAAUUUAUUAGCAUCGCGAAAAAGGUUCUAAAACAAAAAAUGAAUAUUUUUUUAUUCUUAUAAUAAAGAAUUAAAUUAAAACUUUUAUUUUUGAUAAAAUUGAUAAACUUAGAUUUUGGUACUUUUAAAAUUUGUUGAUAUGAGUAAGAAAAAAAAGUUAAAAACACAAAAGGAAGAGUUACUUUAAAUUCUUACAAAUGAAUUUAAGUUUGAAAAUUGUAGCGACUUCUAAAAGAGAAAUGGAAAAAUUUAAAAAAUUUGUGAAAAUGUCAAUUCCUUAAAUUAUAUAAUUAUUUCUUACAUUUUAGGGUUUUCUGGAUUACAAUGGCACAUAAAACAAAUAAUGUGAUAAAAAAAAAAUUAUGUAUUUGCCAUAGAGAAACUUAGUUUUCCAAACGUUUUCAUAAUACUAUAAAAUCAAAAGAGAAUUUAUUUAAUAUGUUGAUAUUAUUCAGACACUACCAAGCUAGCGAAUAUGUUAUUACAUUUGUGAUAAAGUAUGUAUUGUGGCAAAUGAUAUAAAUUUUGAUUUUAAUUUGGGUAAUUUACCUCUUUUUCAAUUUGCAAAACUUACCAAUAUUUUAAUUUUAAAUUUGAAAAACUAUGAAAUUAUUUUCGAUUUUCAUAUUAUUAAAACACUGCCUUUACUUUAUGUAGCACAAACUUUUUAUCAACAUUUUAUUUUUAUCUUUCUCCGUAAUUACUCUUUUUCUGUUAUUAAAAUAGCCAGUUUAAUUCAUUUUAUUGUGAUUUAAAAAAAAUUUAUAUGAAAAACAAAUAAUCUAAAUUUAAAAUUGAAUUGCAUUAUAUCUUAAUCCAGAAAGAAAUA